AUGGAUGGAGAGCCUCCACCCAAUCUCAUGAUUUCUCAACAACAACAACAACAACAACAACAAGAUUACUCUCGUUCAUCCUCUAACGAAAUGCAACAAGUCCUGACAGAAGGGAUUUCUCCUCCGUUGGUGCAAGUAUUAGCAUCCACAGUUAACCAAAAGGAUUUUGAUGCUCCUCAAAAUGGAAAUGAACAAGGUGAUUCUGACAAGAGACACUCCAGUGACAAUAGUGAAGACAAAGAAGAUCCUUCAACACACACUCUUCAAAAACCACUUGGAUCAAAAGAAACCAUACUCCUCGAUGAAGGAGUAGGCGUUGCAGAAGAAAAACCAACCAAAGCUCACUCAUCUCCCAUCCCAUCAUCCGCCACCACAAAUUUGGAAGAACUCGAUCACACAAGAGGGAUUUGCAAUGACUCGAGUUAUCUCAAAGAUAACGAUACAUUCACUAAACUUGGAAUACCCAUGAUGGGUGAAUCUGUUGUUGAUGCUUGUGCACAGGUUCAGCAGCCUACAAACUUUGCGUCCCAAUCACAACGACACGAACGACGUUUACAAAAUAAUAGAACCAUCAUGGUGGCUACAACGACUGUAAUCAACACUCGACCACAACAUGCAAUGACGAGUCAUCCGGUCAUGAUGACCUCUUCUUCCAAGACUGCAGGUUCUCCGCCCUAUGUGGCGAUGAAUAGCAGUGAUACCCUUAAUCAUCAUUCGAAUGAUGAGGACUCUGAAGACUCGGACUCUUCCUUCCGAAUGGUUAUUGAUGAAGAGAAUGCAGAGGAGGAGGAAGAAUUGGAUGAGGAGCUUCAUCAUGUACCCAAUACUACUACUACUACCGGAAUUUCGACCACAACAUCCAGCAGCACGAGUAGUGUUUCCGAGAGUGGUCGUUCUGCUGGUGCUGGUGCUGCUACAAUGCUUUCGACCCAUCCCAUGUCCUAUCCAGCCUUGGCAACAAGUAAUUUACAAAUUCUCAACAAGGCUUCUGUCCCGCAAAGAUAUUCGAAUAAUGCUACAAUUAUUGAGGAACAGCAACCUCAAAGGUAUGGAUCAACGGGAAUGACAACCAUGAGCAAAAACAACCAUGUACCAUUGCCAUCCAAUUCCAAUAUCAUGUCCUCUCUCGCUAGUUCAUACCCUCAAAAACUUAACCUUCCCUCGACCAACUCCAGUACUAGUUUUAUCUUGGACACUCUAAUUGAGUCUUCCUCUCAUAGUAAUACCCUACUCUCCAUGAGUAACAACAAUACUGCUACCAAUCAAUGGUUUCAUCCUCAGAGACCUCGAACUUCCUCUCAGUCAGCCAUUGAGAAUGAUUUAACCAUGCCUGGACAAUUAUCCUAUUCGAUCAUGAGUACCCCAACAGGAGGAUGCAGUCAAAGUAACGCUUCAUGCCCACCAUACUUGUUGAAUCAUGCGUCCUCCUCCUUGCAUUCUCAACCCUCUCAGAAUAUUAUGUGGAAUUCUCCAAGUUACAAAUUCAGUGGUUUCUUAGAUGAGAAUGUUCUCUCCACGACACGUUUGAUUCAACAACAACAGCAGCAACAACUUCAACAGCAACAACACGCCACUCAUGAAGCCCUAACCCAUCUUCACCAUGAUUCUCAACAAACCAAUUCACUCGAUUCAACCACUGCUAAAGAUCAACCUCCAACGACCUCACUCACAGCUGCAACGACCACUACUGAAUCCUCCACUACAAGUAAUAGCAGCAAUAGUGGUGGUCAUAGCUGCUCACAAGGAGGGAGUAUUGUAACAUCCACGAAUAACAAUAAUCACUCCAAUCAGAUCAUUACUGAUUCAUAUUCUCUCGAUGGAGCUUCCUCAAACUUCCAAAUUGGGAAUAUCACGAACCAAGAGCCUCAGAAACCUUCCUUACUUCCUCAAGUAGGAGCCAAUCCACAAGCAGUACAACCACUCAUUUCUCACAUCUCAAUCAAUACCAAUGCUGUGUAUCAACAAGCUAUGCAUUAUAAUAGCUUGUUAGCGAGUGGAAAUACCACAAAUCAACUCCAACAACAACAACAACAACAAAUGGUUCCAUCUACUCAGCAACCUUAUUAUUCCUCCAUUGUAAAUACAUCCAUUCCAAAUGGUGUUCCUUCGACUCAGAUAGGUUUCAUCAAUUGUUUCACACCUACCUCGUCAUGUCCCAGUGCUGGAACACCUGCCGUAUGGCCUCAACCACUGCAGCAACUACCGAUCACUCCCCAGCAGCAGCAGCAAGUAUUUAACUCUGUACAGAAUGUAAAGAACUCUACUACCACUAAUAUAACUAAUGUGUAUCCUCCAAUGACGUCGAAUACUAACACCACUUCGAGUGCCUAUUCAACCACAUCAUCGACAGCAUCUUCUUCCUCUUCUUCUGUUUCCUCCAUGAAUAUUGAUGAGGUAGUGAAGGGAAAACGAAAGACUCGACGAAUCACGAAACAACAACAUUCCUCACCCAUGGGUCCUGUUGGAAUCAAAAAGAAUCAAGUAAUGACCUUUCAGCAACGAGAGUUGAAACAAGAACGAGACAACAGGACUCGAGAGCAUAUUCUCACGACUCAUUACAUGAAAGAGAAUAACGCUCAACCCUUUUCAUCAAGCUAUAAAUUUGUCCACCAAUAUGAAGAGAUGAAUAAUCAACAACAGCCAAUGAAAGCUUUGCGUGGAACCAAGAAUUCAAAUCGUCCCAAUCCUGAUUUUCAAGCCUCUUCUCAACAGACCCCCAUGCCUAACUGGAUUCAAAAGACUUCUUCUCUUCGAGGAAAAAGCAAGAAAGCUUUAAAAGAACAACAAGAUCUUGUUGGGUCAAGCAGCUCAUUGACCACCACCCAACGAUCACCUCCAACAGUCAAUUCUGAAACACCUGCUGUGGAUACGUCGUCUUCUCUCAAGACUCAACCCUUGAAGGAUGAUACAGAAACUCACUCUAUUCCACCCAUUCGAAGUGAUGUGGAAAAAAGCAAAACCUUAGCAGAAUCGUUGAGCCCUUCUUCAUCACCACAACCAAUCAAACAAAAGUUGAAAAUGAAAUAUAAAACUCUUCAAUAA